GGAGGAAUCCGCGGCGUGGACGGAGUGCGACGGCGGGGACAGCGAGCAGGUCUGCGGGAUCCUCCCCACCUGCGCGGAGGAGGUGCCAGGACGACGCGGUCGGGGCUGCCAGAGGGGUCCAGGGCAGUUCCGCGGCCCGGCGGGGAAGACCUUGUCAACGGGCCGGAGGCCAAUCAGCGAUGGCGGCCAGGGGUCCCAACUCAUCCGGAAGCGGCGCAGCAGGAAGGUCGGUUGGGGAUGUCGGCGGUGGAGUGAGCGAGUCUGGCCCCCGGGGAAGGGCCAGGAGUCCGUCGGUGGCAGUUGCUAGCGGGUCCGGUUCAGGUCGUGGAGGAAGGAGCGAGCAGCAGCCGGGGCCCUCCGCAUCCAGGUCACGGGAGACGGGAACGAGAUCAGAGGACGCCUCGCCAGCACGGAGCGCGGUCAGGUCGGAGGGGGAGCUGUCCGGGUCGGAAAGCGGAGAGGACUCGGGACAUCGGUCAGCGGUGGAUGGCGGUGCAGCGGCUCGGGGACCCAGUCCUCGGCAGCCCGAUGGUGAGCCCUGUCUGGUCUGGAUCUUUGGGCAUUCUUAUGUGUCUUGGGGGGCCAGGCAGGCCGAGGUGAGGCCUACGGGUAGACAGCUGGGGAUUCCCACUCAGGACGCGAAGGUUCGGUGGAUUGGGUUUCCGGGAAUGAUGUGGGGCAGGGUUUUGCCGGAGGUGCUAAAAUUCACCCGUUUGGACAGGGCCCCUGACAUUCUGCUGCUACAUGUUGGGGGUAAUGAUAUGGGGGCCAGGUCCAUGCACCAACUUAUUAGGGACAUAAAGUGUGAUUUCUUGAGAUUGCGCGCUUUGUUUCCCGGCAUGGUGAUAAUUUGGUCGGAGAUGGUGGGUAGGUCAAAUUGGCGGUGGGCCUGGUCAGUAGACAAAGUUAACAAGGCCCGUGUGAAAGUGAACAAGGAGGUGGGGCGUUUCGUGGUCAGGAAUGGGGGGUUGGUCGUGAGACACAGGGAGUUGGAGGAGGAGACUUGGCGUUUUCUGAGGAGUGAUGGGGUCCACCUCAAUCCGAUAGGCAUUGAUUUGUGGGCCUUGGGUCUGGAGGAAGGAGUACGUAGGGCCCUUUCGGUGUGGAAGUGCACGCAUGGGUAAGGUUUUGCCCUUGCGUGCGGUGGCGGUGUUUGGGGUUUCUGGAGAGGGUAAAGGCAGGACGUUUGCUUGCAAACGGUUGUACCCAUAGGUAUAUGGGGAUACGGGUACCUUUCGGUCAACAAGGUUGACCAGGAAGGAGUUCAUGUGUAGGUCACUGUGGACAGGUGUACUGCCUCCGAGUCUGGGGUUUGCGACUGAGGCCGAAGUUAAAAAACAGUUAUUGUCCCAGUGGCCAGUUGAAGUUGUGGUCUUUAGACCACCAGAUGGUUUAAAGUUGUGAAAUACGUUGUUUAUAGAAAAUGGUUAUUUAUGUUAAUAUUAGUUUUGUUAAAUAAAAUCGGCCGUAAGGCCAACUUUACUCCACACCGGUGUCAGUCGUUAAUUUUGGUAAAGGGGGUAAAGUGGGUAGCAGGUAAAAGGUGGGUGGUCAGAAUUCUAAGUCGGCCCUUAACAUGUCAAGAGAGUCCCAGAGCCGGGAGUGCAGCGGUAGGAGGAGGGACGGCAUGACAGGAGGGGGACCGCAAGUUAGACAGUGGCUGUGGCCGUUUUAAGAAAGGAGGGUCCGUGUGGGGAAUCAGUGCAGCGCUGCUUUAAGAGA